UUUCGUGAGCAGAUCCGCGCCUAUAAUAGGAAUUUGAGCUUUACUUCGGCAGGCGCCCAAAUAGAUGAAUCCGUGGCCAACAAUCGCUUUGAAGCUUACUGCUACCGUAUCCAAGGAGACAUUUAUCACAAGAUCGGCGGUCUACUUCCACCAACCAAUAGCCAUACCCCCGUGUUAGCUCAAAUGGACAUCUAUGAUUCCGACAUUUAACUUGGACCUCGGCAUGCUGUGGCGCCCUAUUUGCAAAACGCCACCCUUCUCAUUCUGCAAGAUCCGCUUACCAAAGUCAACCGAUUUGUGCCGUUGCUGCAGUCGAUGAUCACUUGCUUAAAUUACUGCAAAUCGCCAAAUGGCGACAUCCAGACACCCGCUUUAUUUAAUUUCAUCAUCUUUUCUCCCGCGUAGCGAAAUUUUUGGGAAGUUCAAAGCAAUGUCAAUUCCGCCAAUCGCUGGUGGAUUACACGAUAAACUGCACGCGAGGGUGAAGGGUGACAGCAGCAACAGUCAGCUUGAUGCGUAUGAUGCUCCUAUCGCGGCAGCAUUUGCAAUUUUUACUAUUCCCGAUUUAUAAGUUCCGCUAAAACGAAGAGAAUCAAGUGGGUUUCCUCCUCUCUGGUCUGAUAGUUUGUGCAGGGUUUCCCGAAAUAAGCCUGAAACAGCGGAUAUGAUUUCCUGGUCUCAAACCAUCAAUGCUGCAAAGAGGGAAUAUUCGGUUAAGGUCAAAACUCUCUGGUCCCGCUCAAUACUGGGGAAAAUCUUGGAUCGGGUAGUUCGCACGUUAUUGCUACUCGACUUGGGUCCCGUUCGCGAAAAAACGAUAUCAGGAAAAACUCAGAAAGUCUACGCUUCGAAACAGAAACGAUAAACGAAAAACGAAAACGUACACACGCAACCAAAAAAUAAAAGAACGGUUAAAAAAAGCAAGUCCUUGGUGCAGUCCGAUGCAUCAAUCUCAAAUUGUCCUGCCGUGCGCAGAGGUUACGCAGCACGGAAUCGCGAUCAG